CUGCGUGGGUGGGGCCCACGGUGACGGCAGAGCGGGGCGGCCGCAUAUUCCGUUGUCGUCAUCCGAGGAUCCAGCCAAUCUGCUCUUUCCGGCGGAGGGCGGACCCGGCGUACCAAUCCGAGGCGGCGACGACUUCUCCCUCUCCUUCUCUCUCGCUUUAUUACCCUUUCGUGUCCAACUGAGUCGCAGUGCUCCGCCGUCGACCUUCCCCAGAUUCUGUGUUUCGCAGCGUGAGGAGAAGAGAACUGAGGAGAGGCAGCGUGAGUGAGGAGGGAUGAGGCUGGCGCCGAGGGAAGCGGAGAAGUUGGCGCUGCACAAUGCCGGGUUCCUGGCGCAGAAGCGCCUCGCCCGGGGGCUUCGCCUCAACUACACGGAGGCCGUCGCGCUCAUCGCCGUGCAGAUGUUGGAGUUCGUUCGAGAUGGAGACAAAACUGUAGCGAACCUGAUGGACUUGGGGAAACACCUGUUGGGCAGGUCUGAUAGUAUUGCUUUUUAUUCCUUACCUACCAGGAGACAAGUUCUUCCAGCUGUUCCAUACCUUUUAAACACUGUACAGGUUGAAGGGACAUUUGUGGAUGGAACAAAACUUAUUACUGUACAUGACCCUAUUUCUUCUGAUGAUGGAAAUUUGGAGCUAGCACUGCAUGGUUCUUUUCUCCCAGUACCUUCACUUGAAAAGUUUUCCACGAGUGAUGUCAUAGACUCUCCUGGUGAGAUACAUUACAGCUCUGGUCACAUAAUCCUCAACCUUCAUCGCAGGGCUUUAACUCUGAAGGUUGUUAACAAGGCUGACAGGCCCGUUCAGAUUGGGAGCCAUUACCACUUUAUAGAGGCCAAUCCUUACCUAGUUUUUGAUAGAAAAAAAGCCUAUGGCAUGAGACUGAAUAUACCUGCUGGAACAGCUGUUCGGUUUGAGCCCGGGGAUGCAAAAAGUGUUACGCUUGUAAGCAUCAGUGGUCAUAAAGUAAUCAGAGGUGGAAAUGGCAUUGCUGAUGGGGCUGUUGACAGUUCACAGCUUAAUGAGGUGAUGCAGAUGGUUACUACAAAUGGUUUUGGACAUGAAGAUUAUCCAGAUUCAAGGGAAGGCAUUAUUGGCGAUGGUCCAUUCGACUAUACUGUUGAUCAUGAGAAGUAUGCGAGCAUAUAUGGACCUACCACUGGUGAUAAGAUUAGGCUCGGCGAUACCGAUCUUUUUGCUGAGAUUGAAAAGGACUUCGCUAUUUAUGGUGAUGAGUGCAUAUUUGGUGGUGGAAAAGUUCUACGUGAUGGAAUGGGACAGGCCACAGGGUACCCAGCAUCUUCCUGCCUAGAUACAGUAAUUACAAAUGCUGUCGUGAUCGACUAUACCGGAAUAUACAAGGCUGAUAUUGGUAUAAAAGAAGGAAUUAUUGAUGCUAUUGGGAAGGCUGGAAACCCUGAUAUCAUGGAUGGUGUGCAUAGCAACAUGAUUGUGGGGGUCAAUACUGAAGUUAUUGCUUCUGAAGGCAUGAUUGUAACUGCUGGAGGCAUUGAUUGCCAUGUUCACUUCAUUUGCCCUCAGUUGGCAGAAGAGGCAAUUGCAAGCGGCAUCACAACAUUGGUGGGUGGUGGAACAGGACCAGCACAUGGAACUUGUGCCACAACAUGCACCCCGGCACCAUCUCAUAUGAAACUAAUGUUGCAGUCCACUGAUCAGUUACCAAUCAACAUGGGAUUCACAGGCAAGGGAAAUACUACAAAACCUGAUGGAUUGGCUGAGAUCGUUAAGGCAGGAGCAAUGGGAUUAAAGCUGCACGAGGAUUGGGGAAGUACGCCAGCUGCAAUAGAUAACUGUUUAUCUGUUGCAGAAGCUUUUGACAUCCAGGUCAAUAUCCACACAGAUACCUUAAAUGAAUCAGGUUGUGUGGAGCAUACAAUCGCAGCUUUUAAAGAUAGAGCCAUACAUACAUAUCACAGCGAAGGUGCAGGUGGUGGUCAUGCUCCAGACAUCAUUAAAGUAUGUGGGGUGAAAAAUGUGUUGCCCUCUUCAACGAAUCCGACACGACCAUUUACUUCAAACACUGUAGAUGAGCACCUCGAUAUGCUGAUGGUCUGUCAUCACCUUGAUAAAAACAUCCCAGAAGAUGUAGCAUUUGCUGAGUCUAGAAUUCGAGCAGAAACAAUUGCUGCUGAGGAUAUCUUGCACGACAUGGGAGCAAUCAGUAUCAUAUCGUCUGAUUCGCAGGCUAUGGGGCGCAUUGGAGAGGUGAUUACCAGGACAUGGCAAACUGCAAAUAAGAUGAAAGUCCAGAGAGGUUGGUUACCUGAAUAUGGUGACUCUGGUGCUGCCAAGGACAACGACAACUUCCGAAUAAGAAGAUACGUAGCAAAAUACACCAUAAAUCCUGCUAUAGUAAAUGGGUUUUCAGACUUUGUUGGUUCUGUUGAGGUGGGAAAAUUAGCUGACCUUGUUCUAUGGAAACCUUCUUUCUUUGGUGCGAAACCAGAACUAGUUAUAAAGGGUGGUGCAAUAGCAUGGGCUAAUAUGGGUGAUCCGAAUGCUAGCAUUCCGACGCCAGAACCUGUUAUGAUGCGACCUAUGUUUGGUGCAUUUGGAAAGGCUGGGAGUUCCAACUCGAUUGCAUUUGUGAGCAAGGCUGCUAAGGAAGCUGGUGUUGCAAUGGAGUACAAACUAGAAAAGAGGGUCGAAGCUGUUACUGGUGUUCGCGGUUUGACAAAGCUAGACAUGAAGCUCAAUGACGCACUUCCAAAAAUAGACGUCGAUCCUGAAACCUACACGGUCACUGCAGAUGGAGAGGUUUUGAUAUGUGAACCAGCACCCAGAGUACCAUUGUCUCGGAACUACUUCCUAUUUUAGAAAACCGUUCAGCAAUUCUUCAAGGUGAUGCGACAAAACUAGUUUUGAUUCUGAUACAUGCAUCUUUAUUAUUAUUUGUGGUUAGCAUGUGUACAUGCUCAUUCUGUAACGUACUCUUUUGUUGCGGAAUGCUUUCUGUAUAAUUCUUCAACGAAUAAAAUUGUGGGUAGUUGAACAUUUUGCCCACUGGAACCAUAUCAGCA